AUGGCCAGCACCUGCUGCACAAGGACCUGUGUGAUCGCUGCGUCCACCACGUCUGUCUGCUCUAGCAAUCUGAGCUGCGGCAGCCGGGUCUGCUCGCCCAACACCUGUCCAGGCACCUCCUGGCCAGUGGACAAUUGCCAGGAGAGCUACUGUGAGCCCCCAUGCUGUGCCCCCGGCUGCUGUGCCCCAACCGCUUGCCUCCUCUGCACCCAAGUGAACUGUGUGUCCAGUCCCUGCUGCCAAUCUGCCUGUACCAGCGGCUGCACACCCUCAUGCUUCCAGCAGUCUAGCUGCCAGCCAACUUGUUGCACUUCCUCUCCCUGCCAACUUUCCUCUUGCUGCCAGCCAUCCUGCUGCAUGACCCUGUGCUGCAAGCCUGUCUGUUGCACACCCAUCUGUUCUGGAUCUUCAUGCUGCCAGCAGUCUAGCUGCCAGCCCUCAUGCUGCCAAUCCUCCUGCUGUGUGCCUGUCUGCUGUAAACCCAUCUGCUGCACACCCAUCUGCUCUGGAUCCUCCUCAUGCUGCCAACAGUCUAGCUGCCAGCCCUCCUGCUGCCAGCCAUCCUGCUGUGUGCCUGUGUGCUGCAAGCCUGUCUGCUGCAAGCCCUGCUCCAGCGUGUCCCUGCUCUGCCACCCUGUGUGCAGACCCGCCUGCUGUGUGCCCAGCUCCUCCUGCUGUGCCUCCUCCUGCCAGCCCAGCUGCUGCAAGCCCUGCUCCAGCGUGUCUCUUCUCUGCCGCCCUGCCUGCUCCAGCCAGGCCUGCUGUGGUCUCUCCUCAGGCCAGAAGUCCAGCUGCUGA